CCCCCCCUUCCCUAAUUCUUUCCUCAGCCUUCCAGCAUCAGGAUCACCGACAAAAUGAGACCCAUCCUUCUUGCCGGGCACGAGCGUGCUCUCACCCAGAUCAAAUACAACCUCGAUGGUGAUCUCAUCUUCUCCGUCGCAAAGGACCAGCAGAUCUGUGUCUGGUUUUCCCACAAUGGCGAGCGUCUAGGAACCUACCACGGCCACGUCGGUGCCAUCUGGACCGUCGACGUCGACCCUACCUCCACCAUGAUUGCCUCUGGCUCAGCCGACAACACCAUCCGCCUGUGGGAGGUCAAGACCGGCAAGUGCCUCAAGACCUGGGAGUUCCCCACCGCCGUCAAGCGUGUCGAGUUCAACGAGGACGGAACCAAGCUGCUGGGCGUUACCGAGAAGCGUAUGGGUUACCUGAGCAACAUCGUCGUCAUCGACAUCAACCCGGACAUCAACGCCGAGCAGACCGACGAGAGAUCCCUGACCAUUGUCUGCGACGAGAGCAAGGCCACCGUUGCUGGCUGGAGCCAGGCCAGCCAGUACAUCAUCGCCGGCCACGAGGACGGCAGUGUCAGCCAGUACGACGCCAAGACCGGCGAGCUGCUGGACAAGGUCACUGCCCACGAGCUGGACAAGCCCAUCGUCGACCUGCAGUGGUCACCCGACAGGACCUACUUCAUCACUGCUUGCCGAGACAAGACUGCCAAGCUCAUCUCUGCUCGCGAUCUCACCACCCUCAAGACCUACCCGGCAGACACCCCUCUCAACAGCGCCACAAUCACCCCCAAGAAGGACUUUGUUAUUCUGGGAGGUGGUCAGGCCGCCAUGGAAGUCACCACCACCUCCGGCCGCCAGGGUCGAUUCGAGGCCAGAUUCUACCACAAGGUUUUCGAAGACGAGAUUGGCCGUGUCCGUGGCCACUUCGGUCCUCUCAACACCGUUGCUGCUGACCCCACCGGUCGUAGCUAUGCCAGUGGAGGAGAGGACGGUUACGUCCGUGUCCACCACUUCGACAAGGGCUAUUUCGAUUUCAACUACGAGGUUGAGAGGGAGCGCUUGAACCGACUGGAGUAAAAGCGGCCGGACAGACGAAAAAUUACCUCUUUGAAAGAAAGAACAACUUUUUCUCAAUCCUCCGUUUUUUCAUUUCAUUUUGGCCUGGAUGUUAAACCAAAGAAGAAGGGAAGACCUAUAGAGAGGAAAAGGGAAGGAGGGAAAUGAAAAAUAAGGGAAGACAGAAAUGAUCAGUCUGUGUUUUGAUUAUUGCGGACUGCUUGCUUGCUUGCUUGCAUGCGUUAAACAUAUUGUACGGCGUUUUGGGAGGGCGGAAAGGGAAACAAACAAAGUCUUCUUGCUGGAAGGGAGAGAAGUGGGAUGCUCAAAUUCCCGUAUGUAAUCCUUACUAGGUGUCUCUUUGUUGCUGUAGAGAGAGAGAAUAAAGGGGGAAAGAAGAAGAGCAAAAACAAACAAACAAGCUGUCAACGUCGAAAGCGAUAAAUUUGAUAUGUAGAGAUGUGCAUAUCACUUUGAAGCACUGCAAUCGUGCCCCCCUGUACCCCAUUCGAAAAGAUGUAGUAGUUAUAUGCGUUUAUUCUUUCUAUGGCGGCGUUUCUCAAGUCAGAUGCUUUCUUUGCAUUACUACCUACUUACACUCAGCGUGACUAUCUUUGUUUUCUCUUGUUUUAAACAGGAAAAAAGCCUUCAAGAAUCGUCGGUAUCGUUUCCUACACGACGAGCACCAAAGGCCAGGUAAAAAAGAUGCAUGUCUCCGCCGACAGAGCAAACCUCCACACAAGUUCAAUUUGAUUCGUAUUAAUCUCUCCCAAGAAUGAAACGCCGCCACCAUAAAAUUUUGGUUAUAAAACCUUUCUAAAAUUUCGUAUCCACGUCCUGUCCUCCUGAAACCUGGUUUGUUCCCUCUAGCCAGCUCAUCAUCAUCUUUCUUCGACUUCCUUUUUUUGUCAUUCGUUCCUUUUCGCGUUCUGGGCUUUUAAUAAGAUGAUGAGGAAAAUUCGUUUCUUCCUCAUUUCUUCUUUCUACCUACCGCCUUGGUCUUCUUGCCCUUUGUAGAACCACCGGCGUUUGAGUUGGCGUUGGAAGCAAC